GUGUUUGUGCUGAGAGAGUGAGAGAGAGGCACCGUAUAAAAGAAGCUGCCUUGAGAUUUCUAAAAUCCAUACAAAAACCUCAUAGGUAAGGAAACUUACCAGAUUUGGCCUUCGAUCUUUAGUGAUGGACCCAGAUGCAACCUCAGCUUAUUUGGACUACUCCUAUGCAACAAGCCAAAUUCCUGACAAUGAGGAGACCCGCUCCCAUGUUCCUUACACAUCUGUCUUUCUUCCCAUCUUUUACACGGUUGUGUUCCUGACUGGAGUGUUGGGGAACGUUGUCCUCAUGGGUGCGUUGCAUUUCAAACGGGGUAGCAGAAGACUGAUUGACAUCUUUAUCAUCAACCUGGCUGCCUCCGACUUCAUUUUCCUUGUCACGCUGCCUCUCUGGGUGGAUAAAGAAGCAUCCUUAGGACUGUGGAGGACGGGCUCUUUCCUGUGCAAGGGCAGCUCCUACAUGAUCUCAGUCAACAUGCACUGCAGUGUCUUCUUGCUCACCUGCAUGAGCGUUGACCGCUACCUGGCCAUCAUGUACCCAACAGUAUCCAGGAAAUUCAGGAGGAGAGACUGUGCGUAUGGAGUCUGUGCUGGCAUCUGGUUUAUCUCCUGCCUCCUGGGGUUGCCUACUCUGCUGUCCAGGGAGCUUAUCCUGAUUGAUGAUAAGCCAUACUGUGCAGAAAAGAGGUCUACUUCAGUUAAACUGGCGUGGGCCCUGGUGGUCUUAAUUUUCACUUUUUUUGCCCCCUUGCUGAGCAUCGUGACCUGCUACUGUUGCAUUACAAGGAAACUGUGUGCCCAUUACCAUCAGUCAGGAAAGCAUAACAAAAAGCUGAGGAAAUCCAUAAAGAUCAUCUUUAUUGUAGUGGCAGCCUUUGUCUGCUCCUGGCUGCCCUUCAAUAUUUUCAAGCUCCUGGCCAUUGUCUCUGGAUUGCAGCAAGAAUUCUACAUUUCCUCAGCUAUUCUCCAGUUGGGCAUGGAGGUGAGUGGGCCCCUGGCAUUUACCAACAGCUGUGUCAACCCUUUCAUUUACUAUGUCUUUGACAGCUACAUCCGCCGAGCCAUUGUGCACUGCCUGUGUCCUUGUCUCAAGAACUAUGACUUUGGGAGCAGCACUGAGACAUCAGAUAGUCACCUCACUAAAGCUCUCUCCAACUUCAUUCACACAGAGGAUUUUGCCAGAAGAAGGAAGAGAUCCGUGUCACUCUAAAAGGGGCUGUGUUGGUAGGUUGGGGAGUUACUUUUUUCACCAACAAAGAAAGAAAAAAAGUGUCGAUAAUGGGGUUCAUAUUGUUUCAUAAAUAUAAGACAAAGAGACAAUUUUUUAAAAAGAGGACUUAAAAGCCCCUGUGUUUGUGGAUAUAAUUCGGCCACGUGGAGUGCUUUCAGCUGAGUGGCUUAUUUGACCUUUGCCAAUCAGGCUCGCCAAGCAAAAUACAACUCAUAUCUGUCCUCGAACUCUUAAAGGUCCCUGCUUGGAUCAGUUGCUUUCUUCAUGAUUGUCUGUACACAUUCAGGCCUUUUUGUCUCUCAAGGACCUGGUACCUUGAUCCACAUCACCUUUCAUACUGGGUUUCAAAUUGAACAUUUAAAGGAUUCUGCUCACUUUCAUCAAAUGAGAAGUGUGGUAUUAACGCAGGCAGCAAAGAAUAUAAUAUACCUGUUCUCUAUAAUUAAUUGUUCCUGAGUAACUAAGAAAGGCCUGGCCUUAAUCUUUAAAGCCUUGUAUGGAGAUUCUUCAUGAUCUUCCAACAUUGUCUUUCAUCUCCUGCUCAUUCACAAUACUUUGGACUGGCAAAAAGCUCAUAGGGAUAAAAUCAUUUUGUACGGUGCUUAUGAUCUGGGACUUACUCUAACACCUGGUAUUCUAGUCCAGACUAUUUUAACCAGUAAGCAGAAGGCAAGGUUUGACCUUUAUUUAUUUGCCUUUAUAAGAAAUGUUGGUUGAAAUGUAUUUUGUUUUAAUAGUGUGCUAACUACUUUUUAAUGGAGUUUUACUACGCUCUUUUGUUUUCACUGCUUUUAUAAAUUAGGAUAUGAUUCACUUUAAUUACAUGUUUUUAAUUACUCAUUUGACUACUUAUCAAAUGAAAAUGUUACUACUAACUUAAUUGGAGGCCACCAAGUGUUUAACUCCACCCCCAGGCAGAAUUAUCAUUGUGUAUUUUAAUUAAAAUGCUAAUGCUAAAAUUCCCUAUAAUAUCGUUUGUUCUAUGUAUGUAAUUUCAAGACGUGAUCCAGUGACAUAGGAAAAGUUGAUUACCUAUAUUUCAGCCCAAGACAAAACUAUAAUGAAAAUAUUACUGGGAUUUCAUAGACAUUUUUCUAAGCCCAGAGACCUUUCUAAACUCAUUCACCUACUAAAUAUUUAUUGAGUUGACUUGUAUCUGUAUCUCUCUUAAAAACUUUAAAGUGAAAAACAUAUAAUUAGCAACAACCACAAAAUGCUUUGUAUUACCCAACAUGCUUUUAUAAACAUGUUUUGAUUCAAGAGAAAAUGGAUUAUGUGUUUUUCCCCCUGCUAUUGACUAAAAUGAAUUAUUGUUUUAUUUCUAAAUAUUAGGUUUGAAAAUCAGAGAAAACUUAGACUCUUUUCAGAGGUAGGUAAUUAAAUUUCAUUAAUUUCACAGUAAGUGAAAUCUCAGAUAUUGAACAUCUUCUUAUAUUAUAACCUAUUUAGAAGUUGAAAAUACAGCUUUUGGUUUUAUAAUUUAGAAAAUUUAUCUUAAUCCUUUGUUAAAUAAAAAUAUAAUUUUCUUAUAUAUUGUAAGUAUUCUUCUGUAUUAUAAAACAUACCUAAGAACAUAUUGACACUAAUACUUUAACAGCCUAUUAAUAAAUUACUGUGGCUAGAGACUGUGUAAAUUAUAACAAAUAAUGUGUCUUAGAAAACUUUUAAACUAAAUUCAAAACAAUUGACUAGAUUUCCAAGCAUUAAAACAAAAAAACAGAAGAUAGAAGACACGCACUUCUUUAAAACAAAUCAACAAAAGCAACCUUUUAAAAAAUAGCUAAAUCAGCUAAGACAUUUGUUGGGAAAUGAUAACACCAAUGUUAUUAAUUCUAGCUUCAUCCUUAAUGUUGAGACAUUGAGCAAGUCAUUUUAAUCUUUUCAUAGCUUAAGGCGGCAAUAUCUGUGUCUAUAGAAUUCUCGAGGAGAUUGUGAGAUUAAAAAAAGAAAACAAAUGUAAGUAGAAAAGUUACCAGAUAAAGCAGUUGAAUUUCAACUACUAGUUAUUGAGUGUUGCUUAAAAACGCCCAAACUAGAAUGUCAAAUGAUACUUAGCCACUCUCAUUUAGUAAAUAAUUGACCUUACUUCUAUUUUACCAUUUUAUCCCUUUUGUUUUUUCUGGGAAAAUUUAAAAUAACAUGUAAAAAAUUAUACUGUUGUACUUUGUAAUAUUUAAAAUCAAUAUGGUAAUUUUAUACUUUAAGAAAAUCUUAGUAUAUGUUAUAAUCUUCUAAUAGAUCGGCAUACUUUCAGAGAUGAUAAAACUCUGAUAGAAAAAUAUUUAAUAACUUGACUAAGUUGGUAUGUUAUUAUGUCAUAUAUUCCUCUGAUAUGAAAUAUAAUUUACAAUAUAAUAUAAAAGGGUUUAUCAUCAAUUAUUUUUAAAACAGCAAUAAUUUCUCAAUUUUUAAUAUGAACAAUUUCUAUUCAUGUAGACACAGAUAUAUGUAGGAACAGACAUAUAUUUAUAAAUUUUCAAGAUUUUUCAUAUCUACAUUAACUACCCUGAGGGCUACUUUGUGGCAAUUUAAUGUCAUUACAGAACAACUCAUGGAGUCACCAUGAGUCGGAAUUGACUAGAAGACAACUGUUUUUUGUUUUUUAUAGAAUAAAUUAACACAUAUUGCCAAGAAUUUCCAGAAAAUUAGUUUGGAAUACAAUCUGAAUACAAUCAUGCCUUGCUCAUUGCAACCAAAGUUUGAAAAACAAAAUAAAAUUUAAUAAUCAAGAGUCAAUAUUUAAAGAAAUCACUACAGAUUUGUCAUUUUCUGGCUACUGCCAGAACCUUAAUGGCCAAUAUAAAGGGAUAGUAAUCUCCCAAGCAUUUUUCAAAUAACUUUUCUUGAACUUACCACAGAAAAGCUCUCCCAUUAAACCCAAGGUAAAAUGUUGUCUGAUAAUUUAUAACUAAUUAAUAAAAUAGACAUACCCAGGGCACACACAGUUGCAAACACGCUCACUCCAUUUGGACCACACUGAGAAGAUUAAAACUAACCCGACACUCCUGGGAUUCCCUUAAUGCGUCCACUGUAAAGAGUCAGAAUCACCUCUGUGGUGAACUUAAGUGACAGUAACUGUCUUCAACGGAAGCUAUGUGCGUGACUGAGGGUGGUGUAUUACUAGGGUUCACAAGUUAAUCUCUAAAUAGAUGCAGAAAUGCACAGUAUGAUGGCAAAGUGAGUAAAAUAAAUCUGCCUCUAUGAUUCAUCUUGACUCCUCAAAUCUCUAUUCUCCGUAGUGAUCUCAGAAGUAAGAAAUGACUUGUCAAGUAUGUAUGCCACAGAGAACAGUAAGAUUUGGUUUUCCUAUAGAGCUCAUUCACAAAAGUCAUACUAUACUAAAAGAAUUACAAAUUUACUUCUAAAAGAGCCACCGGUAUAGACUGCUGACAAGAUGGUGGCCCCCAGCUCCACUAGAGAGGGAAGUGCUAUCAGGAGAAAAAGCAGGAGGGUGGAGUCCCUGGGUGCAGUUAAUGUGCUCAGCUUCUAACUGAAAGGUUGGAGGUUUGAGUCCACUCAGAUGCACCACAGAAGAAAGGCCUGGCAAUAUACUUCUGAAAAAUUAGCCAUUGAAAACCCUACGGGCACAGUUCUGCUCUGAGACAUGUGGUCACCAUGAGUCAGAAAAGACUCAGCGGCAACUGGUAUUUUCAUAAGUACUGCUAUGCCGAUUUUUGUCUUACAUGUUGCUGAAAAGAAAAAAUUAGCAUAGCGCGAUUACAAAAAUGCCUUGCGGCGGUGUGUAGGGGGCAUGGUUGGCAAACAAACUUAGAAGGUACACAUUAUUUGUGUAAAAAUAUGAUACCUGUAGAUUCCUUCAAAAUAGUCAAAACCCCAAAUAUCAAACUGAAUGCAAAGUGUCUGUAUUAUACAAUGCAUUAUGACAGCCAUACCAAAAAAAAAAAAAAAAAAAAAGUUGCCAUGGAGUCAAUUCAGAAGAGAACUGACCCUUUGGGUUCGGACCUCCAAACUUUCCGUUAGCAGCCUAGUGCUUAACCACUGUGCUGCCAGGGCUCCUCAUGACGGCCAUAAGUUGGUUAAAUCUUAUUGUAACUGAUGGAUUCUAAGGCAGGCAUAUUACUGUCAUGCUCUGACAUAGCCUCUUUCUGCCACUCUUGUGCGCGCACAUAUGCAAAUACACAAACACAAGAUGUGCAAACAGCUUAUAAGCAUGUAUUGAUUCUUGUUGCUCACAUUCAAUCUGAAGUACUUGAAUUAAAUACGGCUAUUUUACAUCCAUCAGAAAGAAUCCAAGCAAGGAGGAAAUAAAGCAGCUUAAAAACACAGUAAAUAGAAAACAUGAAAAUAAAAUGACACAUAAGUAUAACUAUGUCAGCCAUUACAUUAGAAAUAAAAAUGGAUUUGAAUCCCUACUAAAAGGCUGAACAAAUAGAAGGCUUACAGUCAGCUACUAUAUACAUACGGCACUUUAUCAGACUCUGGAGGAUCCAGGUAGAGAAGUAAGACUUGUUUCCUCAUGGAGUUUACAAGCCACACUGUUAACUGAUGUUUUUGAGUCAAAGAAUGAAGUCCUGGCAUCCAGGAAGAAGUUAAUAUAUUAAAAGGAAAUCACAAGUCAAAUAACUUUUCUUUGGUUUUUCCAAUGUUUAGGGAAAAGCCCAUACUAUAGAAGUCGCUUCGUUCAUACAAGUGUCAUGGCUGAUACGGCUAUUUCCUUAGUUAUAUACAGUAGAACUAUAGUUCUGUGGAAAACUAUAUCAAUAAGUGAUCCAGUAAUAUAGGAAAAGUUGAUUAUCUGUAUUCAGCCCAAGAGAAAACUAUAAUGAAGAUAUUACUGGGACUUCAUAUACAUUUUUGUAAGCCCAGAAACCCUUCUAAAUUCAUUCACCUAAUAAAUAUUUGUUGAGUUGACUUGUUCCUAUAUCUGUCUUAAAAACUUUGAAGUGAAAAACAUGUAAUUAGCAGCAACCACAAAAUGCUUUGUAUUAUUUCCUAAAUACAGUUAUAUAUUUAAUACAUAGUUAUAUAUUUCAGAAAUAUAUUCCUUAAAGAAAUGUUUGCAUUGGCAUCCCCAAGUGACAAUACUCUCAAUGUCUUUAAAGAUUUUUAAACUCAAGAGAUUAUUCAAACACAAGCACAUCUGGAACAGUAUUUCAGUUUAAAUUUAUUUUCAAAUGAUAUUUCAAAACUAAAAAUUAUUUUAAAAUAACUAAAAGUUAUUUUCAGAACCAAAAAGGUAUGCAAAGCAAAGUCAAUGACUCCACACCAACCUUGCCUAGAGACAGGGAUUUCAUGAGAUGCCCUGUCGUUUACCCUCAGUUUAGAAGCAAAACCAAAACUGACGAUUCAGGUGCCGAAGUUGUAAACGAGAAAUGAAACUUGGCCUGUGGUUUGAUGUUUCAAGCAAACAUACCGAUUCAGAGGGGUUGUCUUUGAAGGUGGAUGGAAACAACUAGUUUAGUUCUAAUGAGAAAGGUGUUCAUGCAAUGUAGAGCCAACUUCUGCGCAUUAAUAAAAAGUCUAAAAUUAGAAAAUUAAAGAAUUGGGAAGAAAGUCAAUGCAGGACUGUGCAACGCAUGUAGUUAUUAGGAUUUCAAAGCACAAUAAUUUCAGGUCUAUAAUUCAAAAAUAGGAAAAAAAUACUGCCAAUAAAGUCAUUAGAAAUUUCAACAUUAUAAUCAACAAUAACUAAAUUUAUUUUUUUCCUGUUAAAUUAGCAAAGAUUUAAACACUAAUACUAAAGUUGACCAGAAUUGGUGGUAUGGGGUAUGGAGAAGCCUUCUUGGACUAUUGAUGGAGUAUGAUAUCAUUAAAUAUUUAGGAGGAAAUUUAGAACAUAGAUAAAAAAUAAUUCCACUUCUAGGAUUUUACCCUGUAAAAAUGGCCAUGUGUGAAGAUAUAUGUACCUGCAUUUUUAUUACAUCAUUGUAAAUAUAGAAGAACGAAAAUGACCUAAAUAUCCACUAGUAGAGAACUGACUGAAUAAAUCAAGGUUCAGGUACAUCCUUACAAUGGAAUACUAUGCAGCCUUUAAAAAUAUUGUAAGUGUGCUGACAUGGUAAGACCUUCAUAAUAGAGAGUAAAUAAAAUUAAUGAAAAAAAACUCAAAACAAUAUCUACAGGAUGAUCACGAUUGUAAACUAUAUCGCUUGAAUAAAAAAAUAGUAGGAUGGUAACAACAAUAUGUUAAAUUUAUUACGAAUGAGGUUACAGAGCAUCUCUAUUUAUUUUUUACUAUUACCUGUGUUUUCCAUAGAAAACAAGUGUUAAUUCUGUAGUUUAAAAAAAAAAAAAACUAAAAUUUAAUUUGAUUUUUUUUAAUGAAGUACACAUAAAAAAAAAGCAACGGUAAAUUUGUUGUUAAACAUUAAUUCUCAAUCGUAGGCCCUCCAGUUCUUCAUUGUCUUGUGAUUCUAGUCUCUUAAGUAAAUAUAACCCCUACCUUAGCCUUUUUACACCUCCCUAAUAAUCUUUUCACUCUUUUUAGAGUGUAGAACAUAAGAGUGUACAACAUAGGAGGAACAGUUUGAAAACUGAUUGUUGUUAGGUGCUCUCAAGUCGAUUCCGACUCAUAGCAACCCCCUGUACAACAGAAAGAAACACUCUCUGGUCCUGAACCAUCCUCAUAAUCGCUGCUAUUUUUGAGGCCAUUGUUGCAGCCACUGUGUCUAAUACAUUUCAUUGAGGGUCUUCCUCUUUCGCAAUGAUUGUCUACCAAGUAUGAUGUCCUUCUCCAGGGUCUAGUCCCUUCUGAUAACAUGCCCAAAGUACAUGAGAUGAAGUUUCCCCAUCCUCACUUCUGAGGAGCAUUCUGGCUGUACUUCUUCCAGUACAGAUUUGUUCACUCUUCUAUUAGUCUAUGGUAUAUUCAAUAUUCUUUGCCAACAUCAUAAUUCAAAGGCAUCAAUUCUUCUUCAGUCUUCCUUAUUCAUUGUCCAGCUUUCACAUGCAUAUUAGGCAACUGAAAAUACUAUGGCUUGUCAGGUGCACCUUAGCCCUCAAGAUGACAUCUUUGCUUUUUAAUACUUUAAGGAGGUCUUUUGCAGCAGAUUGGUCGAAUGCGAUGUGUUGAUUUCUUGCCUGCUACGUUGACUGUGGAUCCAAGUAACACGAAAUCCUGGACAACUUCAGUAUUUUUCUUCGUUUAUCAUGAUGUUGCUUAUGGGUCCAGUUGUGAGGAUUUUUGUUUUAUGUUGAGGUGUAAUCCAUACCGAAGGCUGUAGUCUUUGAUAUUCAUCAGUAUGUGCUUCAAGUCCUCUUCACUUUCAGCAAGCAAGGUUGUGACAUCUGCAUAUUGCAGGUUGUUAAUGAGUCUUCCUCCAAUCCUGAUGCCCUGUUCUUCUCCAUAUAGUCCAGUUUCUCAGAUUAUUUGUUCACAUACAGAUUGAACAAGUAUGCUGAAAGGAUACAACCCUGAUGCACACCUUUCA